CGGCAAGUUGGAACGAGUAGAGCAGUGGCGGUGUCAUGCUCUGAUCCCUUACAGAUUCCUCCUUGUUAUGUUCCAGGUCGCGGAGCCGAGCUGUAGUGUCACAGCUGGAAGGAUGAAGAUUGUGAGCUGGAACAUCAAUGGGAUCCGGGCAACUCGGGUGGGUCUGAAGGAGACGCUGGAUUCCCUGGAUGCUGAUAUUAUCUGUUUGCAAGAGACUAAAGUCACCAGGGACCUGCUGGACGAACCUUCGGCCAUUGUGGAAGGCUAUAACUCCUACUUCAGUUUCAGCCGUGUACGGAGUGGUUACUCAGGGGUCGCAACAUUCUGCAAGAGCAGCACAACCCCACAGGCAGCAGAGGAAGGGCUAUCUGGAGUUUUCUGCAACCGUACGGGUUCCGUUGGCUGCUAUGGAAACACCGAACAGUUCUUAGAAGAAGAGCUGCAGUCCUUAGACCAGGAGGGUAGAGCAGUACUGACACAACACAGGAUCUUAAACUGCGAGGAUAAAGAGGAAACGCUCACUGUCAUCAAUGUUUACUGCCCUCGUGCCGACCCUGAGAAACCAGAGAGGAAGACCUACAAGCUGCGCUUCUAUCACCUGCUGCAAACACGUGCUGAGGCCAUUUUGCAGAAUGGCGGACAUGUCAUUAUCUUGGGAGACGUUAACACUUCCCACAGACCCCUCGAUCAUUGUGAUCCGACGGAUUUGGAAACCUUUGAGGAGAAUCCAGGACGCCAGUGGCUUAAUCAGUUCCUGGGUGAUCCCAUCCCAUCCCAAAAGGGAGAUUCAGAAACGGUGAUGCCGCCUAGUGCAGGAUCUGGGCUUUUCUAUGACAGUUUCCGAUACUUCCAUCCCACCCAGAAAAACGCAUUCACUUGCUGGUGCUCGGCCUCUGGGGCCAGACAGACCAAUUAUGGCACUCGCAUUGAUUACAUUCUGGGAAACCGGGAGCUAGUGGAAAGUGAAUUUCUGGAUUCAGUAAUCAUGCCAGAGGUGGAAGGGUCAGACCACUGUCCAGUUAAGGCUUUUAUGAAAUGCCAGCCUAUAGCUGCUAACAAGUGUCCCCCACUGUGCACCAAGUAUCUGCCUGAGUUUGCUGGCCGACAGCAGAAGUUAUUGCAGUUUCUGGUGAAAAAGGAGAACACUUUAGGGAACACAACAGAGGAAAGCUCAGAGCUGACUGGCACUCCGUCGUUUACAGAAGGAGCUGACAUCAGUACUGUACGGAAGCGGCCGUCAGAUAAACUGAACAGUACCUCAAAGAAAAAGAGCAAAAUCGUGACAAAGAAUGGGCAAGGCAACCUCCUGAGCUUCUUUAAACCAGAAAGGCAGAAAUUAACUAUGGCCACAGAGUGUAAUCCCAUUGAAGUGCCCAUUUGUAAAAAGGAGAAAACUGUCCAAAAAGAUUUACAACCUGCUACUCCUGCAGUUAAAUAUAACAAGCCUCAGACUGCCUUUUGGAAAUCCUUGCUCAAGGGCCCCCCUCCACCUCCUAACUGUAAGGGCCACAGUGAACCCUGCGUCCUGCGGACUGUAAAAAAGGCUGGUCCUAACUGUGGACGUCAGUUUUAUGUCUGCGCCCGGCCUGAAGGUCAUUCAUCAAAUCCCCAGGCUCGGUGUAACUUCUUUCUCUGGCUCACCAAAAAAGCUGGAUGUGAGGACUGAUCUUUUCCAUGCCAAGAAUCCUGAAGUCAGGCUUACUGGCUCUUAAUGACCAGUAGUCUGUUUGGUGCUUUGUUCGAACAGGUUAUGUACCCCAGCAGUGUUGUUAAUAUCCAUUGGCACUAAAUCUAGUAACCCAGGCCUAUGAGAAUAACCUCAUUUGUCACUGAAUUCAAUUUGCAGCACUUAUAUAUGUUUGUCCUUGUUCUGUCUGUGUCUUUGCUAUGAGAUUUGGUCCAACCCACUUUUACCUCAAUAAGAAAAACAAAAAACUGUAUAUCUCUUGUAUUUUGUACCAGUCGUCUGCAAUAAAAUGAUGUUCUUUCUA